UUCCAACCAUGUCCACCGAUUAUUUAUCAACUCUGAUACGGCAAUAAUGAUGAUUUGAUUGAGGGAACGAUUUUCACAAUCAACGUAGAAAAACGCCAAGGAACGUUUGAAUUUUUGAAGCUUAGUUGGUAGAGAAAGAUAGUUGAAAGAGACAAAAAGGAGAUCUGAAAGGCCUGAUGGGAAGUUGGGAACCCAGAGACAUUGGAGAGAGAAGUUCAUGGCUCAGGCUUCGAACAGAGACACUUCAAUGGCGGGAGUGAGCGAGGAACAAGCAGGAGCAAUGAGGAUGAGAUGGGAUCCAGAAAUCACAGCUCCACUCAUUCAGAAGAAGAAGGAUGCGGGACCGGAUGAGAACUCUCCGAUCGAGCAAGUGGCGCUGACGGUUCCGGUCACCGACGAUCCUGCCCUACCGGUUCUAACUUUAAGGAUGUGGAUUCUCGGAGCCCUAGCAUGUGUCGUGCUCUCGUUCCUCAACCAGUUCUUCCGGUACCGCCAGGAACCGCUCAAGGUCACCGCCGUCUCCGCUCAGAUCGCGGUGGUGCCGCUCGGCCACUUGAUGGCGUCGGUGAUCACGAAGCGCGUGUUCUUCAAGGGCCGGCGGUGGGAGUUCACUCUGAAUCCGGGGCCGUUCAACGUGAAGGAGCACGUGCUGAUCACGAUCUUCGCCAACUCUGGCGCCGGGAACGUGGACGCGAUAUACGUGGUUAACGCGGUGAAAAUAUUCUACCGGAAGAACAUGACGUUUGUGGUGGCGUUAAUGGUGGUGGUAACGACGCAGGUGAUGGGGUUCGGAUGGGCCGGGUUGUUCCGGCGGCUAUUGGUGGAGCCUGCCCAGAUGUGGUGGCCUCAGAAUCUAGUACACGUCUCGCUUUUCAGGGCAUUGCAUGAGGAGGAGGAGAGGCCUAGAGGCGGAUUAACACGGAACAAGUUCUUCUACAUUGCCUUCAUUUGCAGCUUUGCUUACUAUGCCUUCCCGGGCUACCUCUUUCCAAUGCUAACCUCCCUUUCUUGGUUAUGUUGGCUUUUUCCUGGUUCUAUCCUGGCCCAACAGCUAGGUUCAGGGCUCCAUGGCCUCGGCAUUGGUGCACUAGGAUUUGAUUGGUCCAGCAUAUCCUCUUACCUUGGAAGCCCUCUUGCCAGUCCAUGGUUUGCUACUGCCAAUAUUGCUAUAGGGUUUGUGCUUGUCAUGUAUGUCAUUACUCCAUUAGUCUAUUGGCUUGAUAUCUACAAGGCCAAGAAUUUUCCCAUUUUCUCAGAUGGCCUCUUCACAUCCAGAGGUCAAGAAUAUAAUAUAACAGCCAUUAUAGACCCCAAUUUCCAUAUUGACCUUGAUGCAUACCAGCGAGAGGGCCCUCUCUAUAUCAGCACCUUAUUUGCCAUCGUCUAUGGGUUCAAUUUUGCCUGCCUUAGUGCCACUGUUGUUCAUGUUCUCCUCUUCCAUGGGAGAAAAUUGUGGCAGCAAAGUAAAUCUGCCUUGCAAGACGAGAGGAUGGACGUGCACAUGAAACUCAUGAGAACAUACAAGCAAGUUCCUGAGUGGUGGUUUAUUUGCAUCCUCCUGAUAAACAUUACAGCAGCGAUGUUUACAUAUGAGCAUUACAAUGAUCAACUUCAGCUACCAUGGUGGGGAGUCUUGCUGGCAUGUGGCGUUGCCUUUCUUUUCACCCUUCCUGUGGGAGUCAUCACUGCCACCACUAACCAGACUCCAGGCUUGAAUGUGAUCUCGGAGUACAUAAUAGGAUAUGUAUAUCCCGGAUAUCCAGUUGCCAACAUGUGCUUUAAGGAGCUUGGGCAGAUGAGUUUGAAACAGGGCAUAAUUUUCUUGCAAGACUUCAAGCUUGGCCACUACAUGAAAAUUCCACCAAGAACUAUGUUCAUGGCCCAGGUAGUAGGAACUCUUCUAUCAGUACUGGCGCAUUUGGUAACAUCAUGGUGGCUCAUGGGCACCAUCCCGGAUUUAUGCAACAGGGACCUGCUGCCUCCUGGCAGCCCAUGGACCUGCCCAAGCGACCACGUGUUCUAUGACGCCUCUGUCAUAUGGGGCCUGAUUGGACCCCGGAGAAUUUUCGGAGAUCUGGGCUACUACUCCUCAGUCAACUGGUUCUUCCUGGCCGGAGCAUUAGCUCCCGUGCUAGUUUGGCUCGCACAGAAGGCCUUCCCGGACCAGCAGUGGAUAAAACUAGUCACAAUGCCACUAAUCUUUGGUGCAACAAUUAAUAUGCUCCCGGCUACCGCUGUCAACUACACAAGUUGGAUCAUUGUUGGUUUUAUCUCAGGAUUUGUGGCUUAUAGGCGUUACCGCGAGUGGUGGAGGCGACAUAACUACUUGCUAUCCGGUGCACUUGAUACCGGAUUAGCCUUCAUGGCGGUAUUGUUGUUCUUGUGCUUGGGAAUGCACAAGAUUGAUCUCAAUUGGUGGGGAAGUGACCCGGAUGGAUGCCCACUGGCUUCUUGCCCGACUGCACAAGGAAUUGCUGUUAAAAGCUGUCCUGUCCCAACUAUGUGAGUCAAGUUUGAGGAGCAAAAUGAAUUUGCUUGUCAUGUUUGUGACAUUCUUGAAGCUACGCUGUUGGGGAAUCCUAAGCCUGGUCCUCAAUUAUCAAAAGUUAAUGCUGGGCAUAUAGAUAUAGUCUAUAUUCUUUAAGAUGUUGUUGUUGUAACUGUUGGGGAGAAGAAGAAUUAUGCUUGCUAUUGUUUUGGAGGAAGUAUGUAUAAAUAUUAUGAAUUGAAUGGAGCACUAUCAUUUUACCUCAAA